UUGUUUCGUUCAUCAAUUAUCUUGCAUCGUUCAUCGACUAUCUUGUUUCGUGGUUAAACAAAGUCAAAUUGAAGUUUACUUGGAUAUGGCGUUUUUGUCUUUUGAUAUUGUUAUCGAUAUUCUUGCUAACCUUCCUGUCAAAUCCUUAACGCGAUUCAAAUGUAUAUCUAAACAAUGUAACUUUUUGAUUUCGGAUUCAAGAUUCAUCAAAAUCAUCUUCAGAACAUGAAAUCUAAAGAUGAACACUAGGAUUUCAUUCUCCAGAGAAAGUGGAUGGACCUAGAGUUCCUGGUAUUAAGAAUUCCUAGUGAUCUCAACGACUGUGAGGGGGAUGUACUUCAUGCUGUAGAAACUCAAGCUCCCCAAAAGAUAGAAACUUAUCUUAUCCAGCAGUCAGCAAAGUGUGAUGGUAUGCUAGGCAUUCCUAAGGGGUGCAGUGUUCUAGUUUGGAACCCUUCAACAAAGGUAACUAGGAGAAUUCCGAAGCCUCCAAAACCAGACCGUAUAGAUGGUAUAGGUUUUGGUUAUGAUUGUACCACUGAUGAUUACAAGGUUGUAAACAUCAUGCGUCCUCGUGAAAACAAACCAACAAGGAUCCAAAGUGUGAGAUUGAGGACUGGUUUGUGGAACACUGCUCAAAACCACGGGAUGCCUCCCGAUCAACUCAAGUGGUACCAAGGUCACUCACGAAAUCCUCUUAAUCAAGAGGAGUCCUACAGGGCCAAGAGUUCAAACCCUGGGGAGGCGUCCCCUACGGGGAACAUAUACGCAAUAGGCCCAAGGCUUCCAAGCCCAACCCUUAACAAAAAGGCCUACCUUUUUGCCAGGGUACCUCGUGGGGCCGUUCCUGAGCUUAACGUAUCAUUUGUUUUUCCUUCUGUAGGAGGGGCCUUCCCAAGGUUUGAACUCGCGACCUCCCUUAAGAGACCUUGAACGAGCACACUAGUACCACUUGAGCUUCGCGAGUUCAAACCCUGAGGAGGCAUCCCCUACGGGGAACAAAUACACAAUAAGCCUAAGG